AGCAACUCCACCUGUCUUGAGCCCACUUGAGCCUGAGCCUGAGGCUGGAGCAGACGAGCUAGCCAGGUAGGCUGGCGCUUUCAUUCUCACCGUUUGAAAGUCGAUCAGGAGGUUGAGUUGGAUUUGUCUGGAUCACUUCGGUUCUUUCAAAGCGCUUGAAACAGCUUCUUGGCGUUAGGGGAGAGCUGGGCAUCUGUUUGUCGUCAAUCUAGUUGAACGAGACGAUGGCGUCUGCAGUGCAUAUGGCUGCUUCCAGCGUCAGCUCACGAGUUUUUAGUUCUGCCUCUGCCUCGUGCAGCGGCAGCCUGGACCGGAACGAUCUGAGGAAUGUCAGAGCAGCAAACCGAUGUGCACAGUCGACGUUUGUCGGCAACCUUGCGCCUCUGAAGAGCGUGCACUCAAGGAAUCACAAGCAGCAAGCACAUGCGGUGGCCCGUCCGGUUGUUGCGACUUCAAGUGGAGGCGGCCGGAGAGACGGUGACCAGACCAGCAAGCAGGUGCUCGACGCUUUCUUCCUUGGUCGUGCCCUGGCAGAGACAAUCAACGAACGGUUGGGAACAGCGCUUGGCGAGCUGAUCAGUGAAGUGAGCCGUGUCCAAGCGGAACAGCGGGAGUUCAUCCGGGAGUUCCAGGAGGAGGUGCAAAAUCGGGCCGAGGCUGAGCUUUCCAGAGCAGCCAAGUCCGUUGUCUGGGAGCCCCCAACGAGGUCGUCAACGAGCAGCACGAGCGAAACGAGCGGAAACAAGACGUACGAACCUCCUCCAUCACGCAUUUCAGUCACGGCUGCUAUAACCGAGAAUCCUGCCAAACCCGGUUCCACCUCAUCCGGGUUGGAUACGAGCGACCCCUCUCCUCCUUCUGUAUGAGUCAAUAAGAGAGUCGGUCUUGGCAUCUAACAAGUAGCAGUGAGUGAGUUUAGCCCGACUGCUGGCUGAAUGGUUCUACCUUCCGCCGACUUACUCUAGUUUCCAUCAUGAAACAUUUGAAGCAGCAUCUGACGGCAAACGCACCUGACAGCUUCACUUGGGAGAAUUGUCGUGAAAGACUUACUCGGAGAGGAAUCAGAAAUUGGACAUGUUGAAGUCCAUGCCGCUGAAUAAUCAAGGGCGUCUAGCUCAUAGAGAAAAUUCCACUUUCAACAUUAGGUUACUGCAGCCAUGCCGUGCUUGAACGCCUUCCGAUUAAUAUCAUUGUGAUUGA